AUGAACCUUCCGGCUACAAGUCGUCUGUACAGUGAAGCCCUCACUGCUGCAAAGUUUGCUGACCAGCGCCUUGAAGCCCGCGCAAGGGUCGAUUAUACUGGAAGUUUGCGCCGCUUUGUUGAGUUCUGCAAGCAAGGAAGAUACCCCAACCCCAUCCAGCAGCGCUUCGUUGAGCUUCCAGGUGUCAUUGCCGCAUAUAUCAAUCGCCUUGCCACGACAAACUCCAGCCAGUGGCCUGCGCAAAAGUUUCGGGCCGCUCUUUCAUGGCACUACACCAGAACAGAAAUGCUUGUCGGCUGGCACCCUCACGAUCGCUGGGUUGUAGAACCGACGGCAGAUGGACAAGUCGUUCCUCGUGGCAAUCCUGCACGGUCGGCCGGCAUCACACAGAUUUUGGCAGGCCUAAGUCGGACGUAUUCGCUUCACCGGCUACCGAAAGAAAAGGAAGCUGCCCAGGCCGUGACGUUCGUCAGCCGUUGGUUCGACCACGCGCGUGUUUCUCUACACCACAAUUGGCGUGAUAGUGACUACGCAUUCCCGGGCCUGACAAAAAUCUGCGAGGAUCAGGAAAGCAAAAAAACGCGGUGA